UGUGUUAUUCAUUCAGUUACGUCAGGAAGCCAUUCCGAGAGAUUGAAAAGGGUCUUGAGAGAAAGCCGAAAUGUCAAAAGUAAACAAUUUGCAAUUGAGCAGGAUUUGCGUUUCUCUUCAAGCCGAGGAGAAAGGACGUAGAAAAAAAGCUCUAGAGGAAUUGUACGCGUGUGUAUCCAACAACGAGUGGACGACGGAAGAGUAUUUGGAAAUAUGGGAUGUUGUCAACAAACAAUUGGCACGAAGUCUUACCGACGAUGCGGAAUUUUGUCGCAAUAUUUCAAUAGAAUUGUGGAAAAAAUUUCUCUAUAAUUUGCCUGUUGAUGAUAAAAAUAUUGUUCAUCUCAUGACGAUAUUGUCGCGGCGUUUGAGCCCUCAAGAACUAUUAGAAACCAGCGAAGAAGUGAGAUUGAGCUGUGUCAAAUUGUUGCGGCUCGUUAUUGAAAAAUACGCGAAAUACUUGAGCGUUUACUACGACGAUUUUGUGGCUAUACUCGCACGUACCGUAACAGACAAUUAUCCAGAAAUAAAGCGCGAGAGUUGUCAGUGUAUCGAGGAAUUGGCGAAAUCUAUUCCUGAACAAUUUUAUUCACGUUCAAAGACUCUUGUGAAACCUACGUUGAGCAAUUUUAAUCAUCAACAUUGGAAAGUUCGCGCUGCCAGUGUUCGAGCUGUCGGUCAAAUAAUGCUUUAUGGAAACAGUCAAUCGAUGGAAGAAGUUGCUACUCCCAUGGCUGAAAAACUUUUCGAUCAGAGCGGAGCGGUCAGAACUGCUGUCAUUGAAGUAGCGGGUCUUUGGCUCCUCGAACUUCGAGAUCGUUACAGUUGGUGGCACAAAUUAUUGCCGCUUCUGGUCACAGGUCUUCACGACGAGGUCGAAGCGAUCAGGAAUCGAGCGAGUGUACUGUGGCAAGCGGCCGGCGAGCUCUAUAUGAAAGAGAACGAAAAUGACGAAAAGUUCAAGGACAAAUUGGAUUUUUUGACCGAAGAUCCCAAACAUUAUCCGCCGAACGUGGAAAGACCGAAUCUCGGUUGUCGCACCAUAGUCCAACAAAAUAUUUGUAAACUCGUAGCCGCAAUAUCCAAGGAGCUCUCCGAUUGGCUGGCUGAUAUCAAAGUUCGUUCGGCCCAAUUGUUGUGCGUUCUCGUGUUACACGUCGAAGAUCACGUCAUUCAACACAUCGAGAAAUUGUUGCCACCGAUGUAUCGAGCCUGCAACGACGAAGACUCACGAGUCGUGGUGAAUGUCGAGCUAGCAGCUGAAUACAUGGGAUAUUUUGUUCCACCAUCGACCUACUGUCAUCUCGUAAUCCCAACUCUCGACGAAAAUAUAACAGCUGGACACUUGCGAGUUUUUGCUGCUAUAUUAAGAGGCAGUGAGAGUCAGAGUCUGCGACCAAAGCUUUGUGAAAUUGGCAAAUUUUUACAACAACCCUUCGUAUGCAGGAGCAAAAAACCACGAUAUCAGAAACAAUUGGCUCGUUGCUGUGAAUCGAUCAUAAAAGUUGGCAAAUCCGACUGUGUAGAAAUCGCUCAGGAGCUCUUCACGGUUCUCUUCACUCUGAUUUCAACGUGCCAGGAAGAAUCAAGUUUCUCGCUCGCCGAAAAGCUUCUGGAAGAGCUGGCACGUCUCGAGGACUUGGCUGGAUUGGAGGAGUUGUUCGUAUCUCACCUGAGGCCAAUUUUCGCAGAUCUCAAAGAUUCGUGUCAAGCUUGGACGAUUUACAGCACGGAAUUGCAGAUGUUUCGUGUUUGUAUGACUCGAGCGACGGUCGCUACGUCUCAAAACACCGACCUCGUACUGCCAAUAUUGAAAACAACUAUGAGUAACGAAGCCGAUCCGGAAUUGAGAUUGAAACUUUUCAUUCUUCUGUCUAAUUAUUUUCAACAAAGAAAAGUAACGAUGCGUCAUAUCAAGGAAAAGAAAAUGUUCGUCGAAUCUAUUUUGAAAGAUGUCAUAUUUGCCGGACUCGUGUGGUCGGCAGGACGAGCUGCGGAAGCCAUAAGGACAGCAGCCGUUUCUUGUUUGUGCGCUUUGUUCGAAGAUGACCCCUCGAGAAACGAAAAAUCAGAACCCAUCGAAAAGAAAAGCAUCGUUGAAACGAUCAGGCUCGAUCGAAAAAACGAUGAAAUUGACCCAUCGAAAGAGAACAACGUCGAAGUCGAUGAAUCACAAGAUGAUAUAGGCGAUACAAGCGAAUCAAUGAAAAACAUGGAAAUUGAAGAUUCCAACGAAAAUAUGGAAUUGUUUCAGAAGCCUCAACACUUUAUAGAUAUAUUUGAGAAAAUAAUUCCUGUUCUCGUGACUCUGGUUGACGACAACGCCAAGAAAACUCGAUUAUAUGCCCUUCGAGCGUUGUAUCUCCUGGUCGAAAUUGCAAGAAAGUUAUCCGUUAUGACCGAUGAUCGUGUGAACGAGAUUUAUUCCGUAGUGCUGAAGAGACUCGACGACGGAUGCGACGACGUUCGCAUCGCUGCUAUCGAAACUCUCGUUGUCGUUUGGGGUGCUCGGACCAAAAAUUAUGAUGUUAUUUUCAGCGCAAGCCACGUUGACUUUCUGUACACGAGCGCUAUUGUUCAUCUUGAUGAUCCCGACGAAAGUUUUCAGUCGAUUAUGCUCGAUGCUCUCUUCGAACUGGGGAAAGUGCAUCCCGAGUUGUUGCUGAAGAAGAUUGAAAACAGCAAAGGAAAUUUUCGAAAUCAGAAUGGCCUAGAAAAGCUGUUGAAUCGAUGUCAAACUCUUCUUCGAGAAUCAAAGUAUUCAUAGGCAUUGGGGAAUGUUAUAUCCAUCCAGGAUUGCAUUAUCUUCGAGUCAAGAGUUCUCUAGUUUCAUCAAGAAAAAUUUCUAAGAAACCAAUUUACCAGUUAUCGAUCGAGCAUCACCGGUUAAUUCGCUAGAAAAAUAAUUCUACAUUGCAGCAUUUCACGCCAAACCAUAAUAGAGACCGAAAUAGGAAUUGAUUAUUCAAUAAAAAUAUCACAUUUUUUUGGAAAAUUUAUUUUAAAUAUUUUCAAAGAUUAGAAUAACAUCUGAUUACCGUGUAGAUCAUUCAGUGAAAUUUCGCCAAUAAAAUCAUUCUAAUUAGCACUCCCAAAAA